CCUGCUGCACAAUUCAUCUCUCCUCUCUCUUUCCCACCCCGAGUCCAGACCGAGUCCUCUCACGUGCAUCUUUCAGUUUCAAAUAUUAUAAUCAGAUUAAGACAAACGAGUGGUUUUGUUUUCCAGCAUAGAUCGAGCGACAAGAAACGAGCUUCGUGUUCCAUUUCCGAGCAUUAUUAACUCACACCAGUCUGUAAGAGGCUGCAAAGGAGAUUGAUUGAUUGAUUGAUUGAAUGAUGGCUUGGAGGCGUAUCAUCACCAAGGUUUCUAAUGAACGAGAAUUGAGCAGCUUAAGAACCUUACUUGUUAGAGCCUACACUUCGCCGCAGUGGAGGUUUCAAUCAAGCUAUGCUGGUAGCUUUGCACGGAGAGUGAGAGACAGAGGUGAGUUCAACGAGGCUGCACAGCUGAGAGAUCUUUUCCGAAGAAACGACCCUGAAGCAGUCAUCAGAAUAUUCGAAAGCAGCCCCACGAUGCAUUCGAAUCCCUCCGCACUUACCGAGUACAUCAAGGCACUGGUCAAAGUUGAUAGGCUUGAUAACAGCGAGCUCGUACGGACAUUGCAGAGAGGUAUUGUCGGUGGUGCUUCACAGGAGCGAGAGAGUUUUGGAAGUCUCGCAGCAUUGGGAAAAGCAACAACAGAAGAUGGUGUUGGUGUGCUUGGAAGUGCAGCUGCACCAAUCCACACGAUAUCCACUGAAAGGAGUAGCUUUAAAGAACAGCUAUGGAGUACUUUCCGGACUAUUGCAGUUGGGUUCUUACUCAUCUCUGGUGUUGGAGCACUUAUCGAGGAUAGAGGAAUUGGCAAAGGGCUUGGUCUGCAAGAAGAAGUACAACCAAGUAUGGACUCGACCACCAAAUUCACCGACGUUAAGGGUGUUGAUGAAGCCAAAGCUGAGCUUGAGGAAAUUGUUCAUUAUCUUCGCGACCCCAAGAGGUUCACUCGUUUGGGAGGAAAGCUUCCUAAGGGUGUGCUGCUUCUCGGUCCUCCAGGGACAGGGAAGACUAUGCUUGCGAGGGCCAUUGCAGGAGAAGCUGGAGUGCCCUUCUUCUCCUGCAGCGGCAGUGAAUUCGAAGAGAUGUUUGUUGGGGUUGGAGCCAGGAGAGUGAGAGAUCUCUUCGCUGCUGCGAAGAAAUGCUCUCCUUGUAUUAUUUUCAUCGAUGAGAUCGAUGCUAUUGGAGGGAGCCGUAACCCCAAGGACCAGCAGUACAUGAAGAUGACGUUGAACCAGCUGCUCGUCGAGCUGGAUGGGUUUAAACAAAACGAAGGGAUCAUUGUCGUCGCAGCGACGAAUUUCCCCGAGUCGUUGGAUAAGGCCUUGGUUAGGCCUGGGAGGUUUGAUCGCCAUAUCGUUGUGCCUAACCCUGACGUGGAAGGCCGCCGCCAGAUUUUGGAGGCUCACAUGUCAAAGGUACUUAAGGCUGGAGAUGUUGAUUUGAUGGUCAUCGCUAGAGGAACGCCCGGAUUCUCCGGAGCUGAUCUGGCGAAUCUGGUGAACGUUGCUGCUCUGAAAGCUGCAAUGGACGGUGCAAAAGAUGUGACCAUGUCUGAUCUCGAGUUCGCCAAAGACAGAAUCAUGAUGGGGAGCGAGAGAAAGUCUGCGGUUAUAUCCGACGAGUCGAGGAAACUGACUGCAUUCCAUGAAGGUGGUCACGCCCUCGUGGCGAUCCACACGGAAGGAGCUCUUCCCGUUCACAAAGCCACCAUUGUGCCUCGCGGUAUGGCUCUCGGCAUGGUUUCUCAGCUGCCGGAUAAAGAUGAGACGAGCAUUUCUAUGAAACAGAUGCUCGCUCGCCUCGAUGUUUGUAUGGGAGGCCGUGUGGCGGAAGAGCUGAUUUUUGGAGAGAGCGAGGUGACUUCGGGUGCUUCUUCUGAUCUUGAGCAGGCUACUAAACUCGCUCGAGCCAUGGUUACCAAAUUCGGUAUGAGCAAGGAGGUUGGUCUUGUGACGCAUAACUAUGACGACAAUGGGAAGAGCAUGAGCACCGAGACGAGGCUUCUCAUCGAGAGGGAAGUGAAGCUUCUUUUGGAAAAGGCUUAUAACAAUGCGAAAACCAUCCUCACGGUUUACAACAAGGAGCUUCAUGCCCUUGCAAACGCUUUGCUUCGUAAUGAAACUCUGUCUGGGAAGCAGAUUAAGGAAUUGCUUGCUGAUCUCAACUCUCCGCAGAUUAUAAAAAAGCGUCAAGAAGUAGUUGCGCAGCAAAGCCAGCCGGUUCCUCCUUCAACUACUAACCCUGCAUCAUCAGCUGCCGCCGCCGCAGCUGCCGCCGCCACAGCUGCUGCAACUGCCGCAACCAAAGGUAAAGACAUGGCUCCUGUAGGGUCUUAGAAAAAAAUGUAAGAGCCUCUUGUAUUUGUGUAUGUUUGGGGUAAUUGAACUAGAAAUAAACUCUUCAUUUUGGGAGUCUAGUGAGAGUUUAAGAGCACUAAAGGUUAUAGAGGUAAUUAAGGAAAAUGAGAGUACAUCUCGUUAUUUCAAAUGUCAUAUCUCUCACACA